AUGGCACCCCAAUCCAGUACAUCAGACUCAGUAGGUGAAGAAGACUCUCAAGUGAGCAGGGUCAUGAUGGCACCCCACUCCAGUACACCAGACUCAGUAAAUGAAGAAGACUCCCAGGUGAGCAGGGUCAUGAUGUCACCCCAAUCCAGUACAUCAGACUCAGUAGGUGAAGAAGACUCUCAAGUGAGCAGGGACAUGAUGGCACCCCACUCCAGUACACCAGACUCAGUAAAUGAAGAAGACUCCCAGGUGAGCAGGGUCAUGAUGUCACCCCAAUCCAGUACAUCAGACUCAGUAGGUGAAGAAGACUCUCAAGUGAGCAGGGUCAUGAUGUCACCCCAAUCCAGUACAUCAGACUCAGUAGGUGAAGAAGACUCUCAAGUGAGCAGGGUCAUGAUGGCACCCCACUCCAGUACACCAGACUCAGUAAAUGAAGAAGACUCCCAGGUGAGCAGGGUCAUGAUGUCACCCCACUUCAGUACAUCAGACUCAGUAAGUGCAGAAGACUCCCAGGAUAUUGUGUAUGGCUUGACCAGAAAUUCCAACUGUUACAAAGAUUCAUUAUGGAGUACAUCUUUUGCAUAG